AUUUUAAAUAUUAUCAUUCACAGAAAUACCAACUCCUCUCCCAUUUUUCUAAUCAAAACCAAUUAAAAUACUUCGAUCCUCUGCUUCUCACAGCCUCUAUAAAUACCUCUCCCACACUCUGCUCAUCUCAUCACACUCUCAACUUCAGCCACCUUAUAUUCCUCUGCCUUCUCUCUUUCUCCAUCUCCAAACCUUCUUCAAGACCCUUCUCCCGAUUCCUUAAGAUGGCCAGCGUUGAGGUUGAUUCAGCUGCAGCAUUGCCGGUGGAGACCGAGUCAAAGGAAGUCCCCGCCCCCGCCCCUGCAGUGGAAGAGCCAGCUGCUGUUGUGGAAGAAGCCAAAGCAGAGCCAGCUGCAGAAACAGAGGAGCCUGCAGCUGCUGUUGUGGAAGAAGCCAAAGCGGAAGAACCAGCCGCAGUGGAAGCUGAAGAGAUCGUCACAAAGGAAGUUGUGGAGGAAGAAGCUGCUCCCGCCGCAGCAGUUGAGGAGCCAGUUGAAGAAGCAGCAGCAGCAGCAGCAGAGGUCGAGGAGCCUGCCGUUGUUGCUGCUGAGGUCGCGGUAGAGGAAGCAGAAACAGAGGCCUCGGCACCGGUGGCAGCUGUGAUUGAGAAGCCAUCAGAAGCAGAAGGAGAAGUCGCUGUGGAGGGAACUGAGGAAUGAAUGGUGGCUUUGAUUUCAGUUGGAUCAUGAAGCAUGGGAUCUGUCUAUCUAUCUAUCUAUGUUUCUUUUGUUGCUUUCUCGAUGUUCAUUACCACGAUUCUAUUUGGAGGGUUUUGAGAAAUAUUUUGAGUGUUGGGAUCUUUGUGGAGUAUAGAAUGGAGUGUGGGAGAUGUUAUUAUUGUACGGUGCGUGUCCACGUCAGCAUUCGUGGCGCGCCACGUGGAAUCAUAGGAUUCGGGGAGGUCGGAAUGGUUUAAUUUUAUGCUGGUUUGUGCAUUUAGCUCUGAAGCUUAUUCUAUAUCAAUAUUGGUGAUAAUAGUGUACUUAGAGUGUAAUAUUAUAGUUAGCUCUUAAAGCCAUCCUAAAAACCAAACACAGGUGAUGACCCGACAGUCAAUCGCCAACGACCUGGAUUCGAGUUCUUGCGACUCUCUGUUAGACUGGGCGUUAACGGUACUUGAUUUCGUACGUGUUGUAAUGACAUCCAAACCGAGAAAACACAGAACUUUCGAGAUGAGGGUUUGAGAUGUCAC